AUGUUCAGUCUGCUGAACAUCCAGCAGACCUACGCGUUGCUGAACGCGGCCUUUGAAGCGACCAGGCUCCUGAUCGACGUGGAAUGGCGCGCGAGUUGGCAGACUGCGAGAGACCAAGCCGGCCGGUACUGGACAUGUGCUUUCAGAUCCCGAAGUCGAGACUGUUCGGCAGUCAACCAUCAAAGACACUUUCAGGAGCUUCGUCAAGCCAGGCCACGCAUCUGGCGACGAGCACAGUGGGGUGGUGGUACCCAGGAAGAGGGACAGAGACAGGAGGAGCUCUUGAAGAUGGUCAAAACCGUCCAAGAAACUGAUCCCUUGUUGGAUGAAUUGUUUGGCCCUCUAUUCCUUCAGGCACAGGCAGCUUCUGCGGCCCAAGCCCACACUGGCCUCCUCCACCACAUCGAAGCGUAUCUGUGA